GAGACAGACACCGGAACGAUUCUCCAUGCCUCCCAUGCUUCAACCAGCACAGCACGAAUUGUGAUUCAGUCACCAUACUGAUGCUGCUGUUUUAUCCAUCCAUUUUUUUCACAACAUGCAGUGCCAGGAACUAUGGUUCAAGACUGGUAUGAAGGACAAGGUGCGUUUUCUUCCAGUCCAUGCCAUUGCAGUGAAGCUUCGUGAAAGUGUUUGUUCUGCCCUCCCAGGUUUCCAUGCACUUACUGGCUGUGACUCAACUAGUGGUUUGUUUCAAGUUGGGAAGAAGAAAGCGUGGAAGGCUUUUCUUAAAGAUGACAACUCUCAAGAUCAUGUUGGAAACCUUGGCACCAUCAUUCCACCCUCAAAUCGCACUAUCCAAAGUUGUGAGAGCUUUAUUUGCUCGAUGUACACAACAUCCAAGAAAGCAGGAACAAUGGCUGAUGAGGUGCGAUACUGGAUGUUCUGCCAAAAACACCAGAGCAGUGAAAGGCUUCCACCAACCAGCAACAGUUUGAGGCACCACAUUCAGAGAGCUAACUAUCAAUCAUACGUGUGGAAACGAUCAUUACAGUCAGUGCAAGAGCUACCAUCACCUUCCGCAAAUAAUGGCUGGAAAGAGGUAGAUGGCAAUUUGGAACCAGAGUUGAUGUCAAAAGAUCCAGCUCCUCAGUCUUUGCUUGAGCUUACAACAUGUAGAUGCAACAAAUCUGUUUGCACAAGAGAUACCUGUUCAUGCAAAGCAAAUGAGAUGCCUUGUACUGAGGCGUGUUUUUGUAUGAGUGAUGAAAGCUGUCAAAACCCUUACAAGCCAACAGAUCCAACAAUGGAAAGCACUGAUGAUGAACUUACAGAUGAAUAAAAAUACUCAUCCAACCAGAACAUAGUAAGAAUGUUUCAGGUGUCCAAUUGAUGAUGCACGUUCUUUUCGUGUUAAAAAA